AUGACGUACAAUGCUGACAACACAAAGCAGAGCAAAAUGGGUACUUGUGGCUUGUUACUACACUCAUGUUCCCAUUACAUCAUGCAAUUUGCCAACAAAACCAGUGGAAAUGAUUUUACCAUUCUUGGCCUGUUAGAUUCUGCAGAAGCAAAUAUUCCUCUGUUUGUUGUCUUCCUGUUUAUAUUUCUUGUGACAAUUACUGGAAAUGUCAUCAUUUUGACUGUUGUGACAAUGGACCAGUCUCUUCAAACACCCAUGUAUGUUUUGCUUUCUAAUCUAUCAUUUCUAGAAAUAUGGUACACAAUGACGAUAGUACCAAAACUUCUAGGUAACCUGUUGAUGAAGAGUAAUAGUAUCUCUUAUUCUGGAUGCAUAACCCAACUUUUUUUCUUUGUUACAUUUGGGGCCACUGAAUGUUAUUUGCUUUUAGUCAUGGCUUAUGAUCGGUACAUGGCAAUCUGUAAACCACUUUAUUAUUCCAGCCUGAUGAACCCAAGUACAUGUCUGCAACUAAUUUCCAGUUCCUGGGUAACUGGUGUUCUCACAGGGUUGAUCCCUGCUCUCUUUAUCUCCCAUUUAGACUUUUGUGACUCUCGACAUGUAAAUCACUUCUUUUGUGACAUUCCACCUCUUUUGCAGCUGUCCUGUGGUGACAUCUACCUUGCAGAAAUUUCUAUUUUUAUCUUGUCUUUUUCUGUGUUGCUAUCCUGUUUAUUGCUUACUUUAGUGUCCUACUUCUUUAUAGUCGUCUCCAUAUUACAAAUUAAGUCUAACAGUAGUAGGAGGAGAACAUUUUCUACAUGUGGAGCUCACCUUGCUGUUGUACUGAUCUACUAUGGUACUAUGAUAUUUAUGUAUGUCCGUCCUCACUCCAGCUACUCCUCAAACUUGAAUAAGUUUAUUUCAGUUUUCUACACAGUUGUAACUCCGGGUCUAAAUCCUAUCAUCUAUACUCUGAGAAACAAAGAGUUUAAAAUAUCUGCUAAAAAGAUUGCACAGAGAAUGUUACCAUCAGGCUUUAAUAGAGAAACAUUUUCAAUACAGAAAAAUAGAGCCAACGGACUUUUCUAUGACAGUAACUCUGUCUCGUAUCUUAGUGAGAUCGUCUCUUAUAAUAAACACAUCCGACUGGACAACUCCCAACUUCCCAUGCAAUAUCUUGGAUCACCUUUGCAUUGUUUUUUACCGUGGCUAAGAUCUCUUCCAGUGGAGAGCCGUCCACCAAGGGAAUAUAACCUUCCUCCGUCCCUCUCCACAUCUCCAUCAUGA